CACAGUUUACGCUGAUGGACUGGUUAUCUUUUGUAAGUCAUAAAAAGGCAUCAGUAUUGAUUAUAGUCUGUUUCAUAAGCAGCUACAAAAUCCCAACAAGCAGCUUUAAAAAAAAGGGAAAUUAUCAUUUUAACCAGCUGACAUCAUCAACUUGGAUCCUUUCCUUUUUACAUCCCUGGAUAGAUUUCUGUAUUUUAAGACUUAUUAGAUAUAUGAAGUGCCAAAUUGCCUAAAUGAAUGAUAGUCAAUGUUUUACAAGUUCAUUUUUUUAAACGUUGCAGCGCAAGAUGCUUAAAACACUAACCAUGGUGUGAAAUUAAAACCUACAGACCUGAAAAUGAAGAGUAAACUUGGAUGAUAAAUAAAAGACAUGCAUGGUAAGCUGGGUGGUUGUCAGUUUUUUUGUGUUUUUUGGUGAGCUGAUAAGGUCAUGGGACAAUCAUUAACAAGAAAACUGCUUAAGGGAAUCAGUGCAGCAAUAGAAGUGUGAAGACAGGUUUUGCUGUGUCCUGACUCUGACACCCUCCUCAGCUCGUCCCUGCGUGUCACCUCUUCAACCAGGUCAGAUUUAUUGUAGCAACGGUCCCUUAGCAACGCACCGGGUCCAUGGAGACUGUGUGUGUGAAGGAAUGCGAGGGUUUCUGUGUCAAAUAUAACAAGGAAAAACACGAGAAGUACCCUUAUUAAACCUGUGACAUUUAUGACUUUCAUGGUCAUAUUCUUUAUUGUUGCUUUGAGGUGAUUAUGGGAUGCGGCAGCUCCUCAAACACUGCGGUCCUCCCGCUGACACCGGAAGAGGUGAAGAGAGACAAGGAUGAGACGGGAAGUAAACUCGAUGGUCGUGGAGACUCAGCCGUGUCAAAAGGCACCACAGACAGCGGGGUAGUGAUGGACAACAGAGAGAUCCCUGACUUGCCUGGAGCAGCGCCCAGAAAACUCCCUCCUCUAAUGUGUGUCAGAGAAAGUGAGAAUGGCAGAAUUACACAAGAUGGCUUACUGCAGCAAGAGAGCACUGUGCAGCGCCAAAACUCCAGCGAGAUCCUGGAGGAGCUGCUGCUUCAGGGCAUCAUACCAGAUGGACCGAGCAGAGAAAGGAGCAGGGGGAAGGGGGAGUCAUACAGCAUCAUGCUUGUGGGCAAGGAGGCAAUCAAGCAAAGACCUCCUGCCAGGCUACAGUCCCUGAGUGUAAAGAAGGUGCAAAAUAUCCUCAGCAGAGAAGAAAUCGAGGAAAAGAUUAGACUCGCUGAUGAGAGACGCAAGUUGAAGGAGGAGGAGCUCAAGACACGUUUGAGGUCCAAGUCUGCGCGUGUUCGUGGCCCUGCACAUAUCUCUAGCACAAACGAGGACAUAGACCUCACUGAAGUGGAGACGCUACAAUCAUCUCUGACCUCUGACGCCCUGAAUCCACAGCCUCUCAGCCAGAUCCCCCGACAGGGAGCUGAAGGGAGGGAGCGGGUGAGAGAUGUUUUAGGGGAUGGCAGGGAGAGUCAAGAAGAUACCGGCAAAGCAAAGAGGAGAGAGGACAGAGAGGAAGGAGGAGGGAAAGGAGAGAUCAGGGGUAGAAAAGGACGACGUGAGACUGGCGAUGGACAAGACGAGGAGGAGGAGGAGGAGUUGACACAGGUGGAGGUGCUCAAAGAGAAUGAGCUCCUCUGGGCCUCAGGGGAGCUGGAGUGUGAUUCUAGCUUUCAAAGGGCAGAGGAGGUGUUUUAAUUUAGAGCCACGGAUCAGCACUAAGAGAAAAAAGAACAGCCAAAUGAUUCCAUUUGCACAGAAGAGAUGCCUGUCAAAACUGUAAAAUAUAAACACUAUGCUUCAUUUUUUAAAUUAAACUAUGAUUGGCCCAUUUUGUAGGUCAGCUGACCUUAAAGGUUUUCUGUCCUUAUCAUGAUAUUUACCUCAAUAAACGCUUAAAUCAGCAUUAUCUAGGCUUUAAAUACUCGUUGCUAUACAAAAUGAAUUCAGCUUAGAUGUUUGUUUCACUUUUAACUCUCACAGAGCCCAAAUUUUUCAUGUGAAUGGUGCACUUAAGGCAGUUAUUCUUUUGGACAUUAGAUGGCGCUAUUUCAGUGACUUUAAGUGUUAAUGUAGUACCUUGAAUUCAGUCAUUAGAAGGAAACGUAAAGAAAUGAUCAGUGUAAAGAUGUGUCAAUAAAGUU